CUUGUCACCGUGGGCUGAAGCUGUGGAGAGCCCGGAUUCAGUGGCAGCAGCUGUGUCGCCAGAAGCCCUGCCCAUCCUUGAGAAGCACCGGGCGACAGCAAGACCACAGGCAGCGGCUCCACUCCCAUUUUCUUGAAAUCCUUGUCCCCGGAUUUAACAUGUCAUUCCUACACUGCCUGCUCUGAAGUCUAUGGACUUGGACUGGGCAGACUCCCAACAGCUUCAGCUCGGACUAGAUUUGCACUGGGAGGAAAAAUGCCAGCUUCUUUAAGGAAACUGCAGCAAAUGGCUAUUUUUAUGGGAGUGUUCAGUGGUGGGGGAUGUGUAGUUAUGUACACUCUUAUGCAAAAAAGUUUUGCCAGGACCCAGUAUUAUCAGCAGGCUUUGGAGCAACUGAACAACCACCCUGCUGCCCUGGAAGCGCUGGGUGCUCCCCCUCUUAAGGUUCACAACAUCCGACUGACAGACGGGAGUAAUCGCGUGGACACAGAAAGAGCACAGAUAAAGUUACCUGUAUCUGGAACAAAAUCAGCAGGGUACCUCUACAUUCAUUCAGAAAUGGACCAUUCGCGUCGCUGCUGGUGCCUCCAGGAUGUCACCUUGAAGCUCCGGGAUGGUCAGAAUAUUCCAGUUUACCACUCCCCUGUGGAAAGCAUCAGCAUGCAAGAAAGCUAAAAAUCAAAGGCAGCUGCUUCUCCACCUCCCAUUGAACCGAAGAAGCCAUUAAUUGAUUGCAUCACACUGUGUACGUGGAUGUACACUGCUGUCACAAGCAGACAAUUUUGCUGAAGUGGGUGUUCUGAAGACAAUUUUCUCUCUAACGUUGGCCUAAUCAUUGCCAUAAUUGUCAUUUAUUUGGUUUGUUGCUUUAUUUGUACAGCAGAAGCCUAAAAUAAAGAUUUUGCAACAAGA